AUGAGGGACUGGUUGAACGUCUCCUGGAGCUCAGAUCAAGCUCUGGGCUCCAUCAUAUCCUGGAGCGCAGAUGCAACGCUGUUUAGAUCAGGUCGCCUCAUCAUCUUGAUAUUGCAUGCAUUGGGUUUGUUUGGGAUAGGACCCAUCGUUUGGGCUUGGGGCCGCCGCCCGGACGAGAAACCCUUGCAUUCGAUCGCUCAAGCUUUGGACAAGACAAGCCAGAGCAAAGAAAGAGAAUGGAAAGAGAAGCUCCUUAGGACAGAUAAGGAACUGAAGGAUUGCAAGGAGAAGCUCAAGAAUCGGGAGGAUGAGCUGAAAGUCCUGCAAGAGAACGAGAAUCGAGCACAGAAGAUGAACGAAGAAUUGAACGAACGAAAGCAGCAGCUUGAAAAAGAACUUGCAGCUCGCAAAGAAGAUAUCAUCAAUCAAACGUAUGCUCUCAUGGAACUGGAGGACAAGCUUUUCAAACAAGACACUGAAGCCCGUGCAGCAGAUCGCAAUCAUAAGAAAUUGAAAAAAGACUUUGACGCAACCGCGACGGACCUUAAGCACAAGCGCAGAAGCUUGUUGGAAGUCGACAAGGAACGUGAACGUUUGAGUGGUGCUCUGACUGAAGAGGAAGGGAACAGAGAGAAGCUCCAAAGAGAGCUGAACAAAGCAAAGGAUCAGAAAAGAAAGAUGGACAGGACUAUCAGUGACUUGAAAAAGCAAAAGGAGGACCUUGAAGAGGAGCUGGAUGAGAAAGACAAAGAGCUACAUCGCAAAAGUGAACGGCUAGACAGCAAGCAACAGGAAUGCGAGGCACGAACAGAGGAAGCAGCACAGUUAAGACAACAAAAAGAAUCUGCAGAGGAGGCUGCGCAGGAGCUGAAAGAUAAGAAAAGUCAGGUUGAAAAACAGAGAGAUUUGUUGGAGAUUAAAUAUGCAAGGCUUGAGGAGAAAGAGAUGAAUGCCAGAUCUGAACUCAAAGAUUUUGAGAAAAGAAUUGAGCGUGUCGAACAGAGAUUGGCCCAAGAGAAGAACACCCUCAAAGAGAAAGAAAAAACGCUUACUUCUGAAAAGCAGUCCUUGGAGCAAAGGGUGCAGGAAUUGGAACCCAAAGCACAGAAGAAGGAUGCGCUUGAGAAGGUUCUUCAACGGCAGAAUGAUGAGUUAGAAAAGGUUCGAACUGCCUUGCACCAUGAGCAAAGCACGGCUGAAGAGCGCAAACGGAAAAUCGGAGAGCUCAAGGGUGCGCUUGAGGCUGAACGUCUCAAGAGCCAGCGCUACAUGCAACAAAGAAAUAUAGCUUGUGGGCAGGGCAGUACCAGCAGGACAACAGAUCCGGAGACACGGCGAUGGCCUUUGAAAACUCUUCGAGCAUGCCGCAUGUGGACUGGUUAA